AUGAGCCUUCAUACACCAAUUUAUAAUUUAGAUCAAUUUCCUGAUGUGUACAUUCCAAGUGAGGACACAUUUUUGUUUUUAGAUGCAAUUGAAUCUGACUAUUUAUAUCUAAAAAAUUUGCAACCUAGCAUUGCAGUUGAGAUAGGCUCAGGUAGUGGAGUCAUUAUCAGUGCAUUACACCAACUAUUUCAAAAAUCUUGCUCAUAUUUUGCAACUGAUAUAAAUAAACAAUGUUGUUUAGCUUCUAAAUUAACAAGUACAUUAAAUAAUACACAUGUGGAAUGUAUCACAAUGAACCUUUUACAUAAUUUUCGGAAAAAUAUGUUUGAUGUGAUAUUAUUCAAUCCUCCCUAUGUAGUUACAGAACCAUGUGAAUUAUCUGGGAAAGGUCUGAACCGUUCCUGGGCAGGAGGGUAUAAUGGUACAGAAAUUACAAAUGAAUUACUACAAGCUUUACCUGACCUACUGUCUGAAAAAGGUGCUUGCUACAUUGUUUUGUUAAAGGAGAAUAAACCAUUAGAAAUAGUGAAAUAUAUGGAUGUUUUGGGCUUUAAAAGCCAAAUGGUUAUGCAGAGAAAAAUACCAGGAGAACAUUUAUUUGUUUAUAAAUUCUGUAGAAUAGAUUUUUAAAUUAACCUUUCAGAUGGAACAUUUUUUUUCACAGAUAUGGGAAUUUAGCUUCUUUUUCAUGCAUUUAUUUACCCCAUUUUAUUUUUUUUUAUUAGCACCUAAGGCACUUAUAGAUAUAUAGAUAAUUAAUAAAACAAUAAGAGAAUCUUUUAAUCAUAAAA